AGUGGCGGCGGCGGCGGCGGAGGCGCCAUGGAGGCUCUGGCCGUCACGGCGCGGCUCUGCGGGCCGGAGCUGGAGCGCUACGGGCGCUGCGUGGCCGCGAGCCCCGGGAGCUGGCACCGGGAUUGUCACCGGCUGCGGGACAGCGUCACCCGCUGCGCCUCCAACCACCCCCUGGUGCGGCGGAUCCGCCGGGAUUGCUCCGAUUCCUUCGGGGCCUUCGAGCGCUGCGUGCGGGAGCAGCCGGGGAACGCGGCCGCCUGCGGGGCCCGCGCCAGCGCCUUCCUGCUCUGCGCCGAGGCCGUCACCGCUGCCGGCCCCGGGGACACCGCCGGGGACACCCCCGAUGGCCCCUCGGGUGCCACCCCCAGGGACACCCCCGGGGGCACCUCCGGAGAGAAUCCCUGGAAUUAAAACUCCUCCAGGAAUGCCGGGAAAGCCUCGGAACCUUCCGGAAUCUCCUCCCAAGAAAUCCUCGGAUUUUCCCCCUGGAAAAGGAGCCCUGGGGUGGGGGCACGGCCCCGCUCCCCCUUUCCCUGGGGAUUCCCAGCGUUUUAUCCCAAAGAAUUUGGCAAAUAAAAAAUUCCAGUGGGAUCCGCCCGGGAAUCUUCGGGAUGGGACCCAAAAAUCGG